AGAAAAGAAAAGAAAGAUUUUAAACCAUGGACUGUAAAUAGAAAACCAAAAAUCUUUCUCUACAGCCAAUGCUUUAAACACAGUGUUUCCAAGGGGAAUCAGGAAAAACUGAUACAAAUCAAUGACAGUGUCAUUGUAAACAAACUUAGUCAUCAAUUAAUGUAAUCAAAUAAUAUGAGAUAAAUCAAUCUGAUACGUUUUGUUUUAUCUUUUGGGAAUGCAAAGUUAAUAUUCCUGCUAGAAAUUGAUGAUAUGAUCCGAAACUUAGAGAUUUAAUAAGAAAGCGGAACAAAAUGUUUACUCUCCUCCACUGUCGGACCUUUAUCGUGGGACACCAGACGGAAGUGGUUUAUUUCUUAAAGUCCGGUAGUAGUGUGGUGUGGUUGUGGACUCAACUGGAAGAUCAGAUAAAUGUUUGAGCUGUUAAAGUAACAAUGUCUUCAUCUGAGAGUUUGAGAGAGUUGAUCAUCGAGCGACUAACUGCUGCUGCCGAAGAAAUAUUCGGACUCUUUGAAAGAACUGUCGUCCAGUACGAGCAAGAGAUCGAUCGUCAGCGCAGACUGCUGGAUAUCACCUGGAAACCUGACAUAGAGUUACACAGAAUAGACAUCCCACAGCAACAUGACCGCACAGAGGAGGAUGUUCUCACUGACCAGCAGCUUUGUACCCGGGAGAGGAACUCCAGUCUGGAGCUGGAGGAACCAGAACCCCCACAGAUUAAAGAGGAACAGGAGGAACCAGAACCCCCACAGAUUAAAGAGGAACAGGAGGAACCAGAACUUCCGCAGGUGAAAGAGGAACAGGAGGAACCAGAACUUCCACAGGUGAAAGAGCAACAAGAAGAACCCUGUACCAGUCCACAGGAAGAGCAUCUUGUUCUGAGCCAGGAGGCUGAUUCCUUGAUUGAGACCCCUAACAAUGAGGAAUCAAACAGUGACCAGCUCCUCUCUCAUAACUCUCAUGUAGCUGAGAGCCCAGAUCAGGGAGGAAUCGAGCAUGUAGACUCAGAAUCAACUCCAGAUGAAGAGCGGAAUCCAAAGAAGAAACGUCACAGAGACACAAUUCACAAUAAGCUUGUAGACAACUGUCCCAUGUCAGAGAGUCAGUGUGACACUGACACGGGUAGAAAGUCUGUUACAGGUGAUGUCUUUGGAAAAGUCUUUACAAAUAAAUCCAAUAUGAAGAGACAUUACAAAAGCCACACAAGUGGGAAACCGUAUUGUUGCAGAACUUGCGGGAAGAGUUUCGGUUCUAGUAGUAGUUUAACUGUCCACUUGAGGAUUCACACAAAUGAGAAGCCAUAUUCUUGUGAAACCUGUGGUAAAUCCUUCACGCAAAAUUCUAAUUUAGUUGUCCACAUGAGGACUCACACAGGUGAGAAACCGUAUUGUUGUGAGUCGUGUGGUAAAACCUUCAAAACAAAAUCUGAAAUAAAUAUCCACAUGAAGUCUCACACAGGUGAGAAGCCAUAUUCUUGUGAAACAUGUGGUAAAACCUUCAGGCAAAACUCUAGUUUAGUUGCCCAUUUGAGGACUCACACAGGUGAGAAACCAUACUCUUGUGAAAUGUGUGGUAAAACCUUCAAGCAAAGCUCUUGUUUAAUUGUCCACUUGAGGACUCACACCGGUGAGAAACCAUACUCUUGUGAAAUGUGUGGAAAAACCUUCAGUCGAAGAUCUAAUAUAAAUGUCCACGUGAGGACUCACACAGGCGAGAAGCCGUAUUCUUGUGAAACAUGUGGGAAAACCUUCAGACAAAGAUCGGAAUUAAUUGACCAUGUGAGGACUCACACAGGUGAGAAGCCUUAUUCUUGUGAAAUGUGUGGUGAAUCCUUCAGACAAAGAUAUGGUUUAAUUGCCCACUUGAAGACUCACAAACUUGAGGGGUCAUCUUCCUGAAAAGCCUGUGGAAAACCCUCUGGGAAGCCGAGCUUGUGGAAAAAAAGCAUGUUGGAAUUUGUUCAGUUUGAAUGUUGAGGCAGACAUAUGAUUCUAAGGAAGGAGACAUCUCCCUCUGCCUGGGACGACCAUCUAACUGACACUUGAGUUUACAACAGGACUUGGAGAGGAUCACUUUAUGCUUUAUGAUCACCUUUGAUUGUUAAUCUAAAGAUUGUGCAGGAGCCACAGGACAAGGAGAAGAUAAGACAACUAGGCUGUGUUUGACAUGCACCAUCUUCCUCUCUGUCCUCUCAACUUGAGAUAAACCAUCCAGAUGUUAAUCAAUGAUUAGGGUCGCAUUACUGCACUGACUUGACUCUAGUUACUUUUAAGAUCAACUUGUGCAAUAGCUGAUUAGGUAACGAGUAACUUAAUAGUUUAAAUGGCUUUUAACACAAAUAAUUGUCUACAUCGGUUGUUUUCUUGUGUUUGGAUUGAAAUUUAGAUUUCACAGAGUGAUUGUGAUAGGCUUUCUCAGUAAAUGCAUAUUAUGUCAUAUGUAUCUUCUCUGCUCUAUGUUUCUAUUGACCAAAAUAGUUUUAAUCUUUUUGCUUGUUUUGUUUGAGCUUUAUUUAAACAGAGGAAGUCAUUUACUAUCAGAGCAACAAGGAAAACGGUUUCCCUCUGAAUAUAUAAUAAGAAAUUUCACUAAAUAAAAAAAUGCAGGCUA